AUGGGGGCCAGCUUCACAGAUGAGGUCACAAAGGCAGCAGGUGGCAACCCUGUAGCAAGGAACCCCAUCUAUCACAGCCUGAAAGCUGUGCGAUCUUUGAGUCCCAGGAGAGGAUGUGGCCUGGCCCUGCCUGAGGAGGAGCUCCCUCACGAUCAGGGCACUGCUCUGGUACAGUCGGCCCUGUGGGGGGACCGGCUCAGGCCUGCUGCUGGCUCAGAGGAGGCUGGGGGUGUGACAGGCCAUGGGGCCAUGUCUAGGGCAAAAUGCUUCCUGGUAUCCAAGGAGAAGUAUGACAUGGUGACCGUGAGGAGCAGUUGUGAUUUCAUGGGAUUUCUACUUUAGGCUCGAAGAGUGUCUGAUCAUCAAGUAGCUGGCACUUUUGUUUUUCCUCUUCAUUCCAAAGCAAUGGCUUGUUUUCAAGAGGCUGACACAAUCACCCACUCUGACAAAUCCCGGAAGAGAAACCUGUCCUUCGAGUGGAAAUCCCCUGCCCAGCCUGUGGGGGACAUCAGAUUCCUUUUAUCAGUUGUCCAGUCGUAUUUCGUUUCCUGGGAGAGGACUGAAUCACCUGGGGAGCCCGGCGGCCCCGUGGCGCGGGCCAGGCGGAGGCCACCGCGGCCCAGCCAGGAGGGACCCGGAGGAAGCGGCCCGGGGGCCGCCCGGCUGGGCCAUAGUUUAGAGCAGCGGUGUGCCCGGUGUGCCCCGGACCCAGGCAUGCGGCUUACUCUGGGCCACCCUCCGCACCCUGCCUUUGCCCCAGACCGUCUUCUCCCCACUGCCCCGCACCACUCCCCCAACCUUCCUGCCAAGAUACUCCUAAAAUUGUUUAUGCCAAUCAAUACAAGGAAAAUACUCUCACUGUCUUUUGUGGUGUCUUUGGAUCUCUCUUUAGCUCCCAGUCUCCCCAGUACUCUUCCUCAGCCUGCAAACGUCUUUGCUGGUUCCCUAACUGGAGCUGCAGAGGAGAACAGCUUAGAUCCUUUUCCUGCAAGUUUGUGGGUGACAGAGUUUCCUGGGGAUGUAAAGACUCUCCAAUCAUCUUCACCCACAGCUACUGCAAUCAGCAAUGGCCAGCAACCCAGGGGGGACAGCAACCUAAUCCUAGAACCAUCCCUGGAUAUCCGUGGGCUGGAGAGACUCACUGCUCUCAGGAGACUCUUCUCAGAGGGCAUUGCUUCCAUCCCUAGCACCCACCUCAGGACUCAGAAUGAUCCAAGCUCUGAUUUGUUGGAAACUUGCCCACCCUUAGAUAGGGAUGAACAGGUAACAGCCCUGGUUGUGGGUGGGUCACCUGCCACUGGCAGCGGGUCAGAAGCAUCGAGACCUUCUGCCAGCUUCUUGCCUCAGUCAAAGCCCAGGGAGCCCAGGGUGGGGAGGACCGUGGAAGGGGGAGAAGGGGGUACCCCGGGAAGACCGACCCAAGGCCUGAGGUGGGACGGGGGGGGGGGGGCAGUGCCCUGCAGGGGACCCAGCUCGGGACUGCCCAGCUGGCCAUCCUGCUUGGCCUUCCCGCCGCCUUGGCCGCCUUCCUGGCCACUGGCCUUCGCCCGCUGCUCCGCCAGGACUGCCACCGGCAGACGGCGGUGUCCCUCGGCGGCCUGCGGGGGGCGCUGA